AAGUCAAUCGAACAUAACGCGUUCGCAACACAGCCAAAACAUUUUAGAAAUGCAAAAACAUAAAAGAAGAUCUAAUGGCCUAUCCUGUUAACAUGUGCAUAGUAACACUUUUUAUAGGAUUGAAAAUUCAAGUGUUUCUAAUUAUAACACUUUGUCUACUUGUACCAGAUAUAUAUAGUCGAUGUGGAUGUCACAGAGUGCCUGGACAAGGAUUUCUAGCUCAUACCAAGCAAGGUGCCGGAAGUCAUAACUUCGAGCCUCUGCCACAGGCCAUUCAAGCUGGAAGUGAUGGAUCCAGUGGAAAGUAUAGCGUUCCAAAUUUUAGAGUGUUAUUAUUUCAGCCAACAUUUUUGGAUUUUCAGGAACAACCAGUUGGUAUGCCACAUGUCCAAUCCAUAGUUUUGUUAAAUCCAAGUGAUCAGAACGACAUAGAAAUACUAGCUGUAAAUGCUUUGCCUCCAUUUCAUGCAUCAAGAUUUUCAAAAAAAAUGUUGUCACCACUUACCAACAUGACGAUAGACUUAGUGUUUUUAGCCACCAUGAUUGGAAAUGUGGAACAUACUGUUUAUAUUCAUACUUCAAGGGGAAAUUUUCCAUAUCAGGUUUUUGGUGUUGGAAUGGCCAAUCCUUACAGAUUACGAGCAUUCGUCUCUGCCAGAAUACCAUUAAAUGGCACUUUUUCUCCCUAUAUAAACAUGUAUAAUCCAUAUAGUGAAGCUAUUCAGAUUACAGAGAUGUAUUCCAGUGGCAGUGACUUGCAUCUAGAUCUGCUUGGAAACAAUAAUGAUAGUAUUGGUAAACUAUGGGAGAUUCCACCUUACGAAACAAAAGCUGUGAUGAAGGCUACAUACUUCUCCAAGGAGGAAGGACUGGCUAUUCGAUUCAUUAGAAUUGUGAUUGGCCCGCCUGCUCCACCCACAGAUGUUUUAAUUUUGCCGUUUGAAAUGCUAGUGUCUACAAAAAAAGGUUUAUAUACCAAUGUUGAUAUGCUUGAUUUUGGAACGUUGCGAACCAUGGAUGAGCCAAAAUCAUUAAAUUUGAAUGCAUUAAACAAUGGAAACAAAUCCCUACAGUUAUUGUCAAUACAAGUGGUUCCACCUAAUAAAGCUGUCAGCGUGCAGUUCACGCCGUUUAGCUUGAAAACAUCAAAGAAGUAUUCAAAAAUAGCGACAAUAACUUAUACAGCACUGCAAGCUUCUCAUAAAAGACAGAACAGUGGCAAAAUAAUUGUUUACACUUCUGAUGAUAAAAAGAGAUUAGAAGUUCCUUAUCAAGCAAACGUGCUUCAAGGGACUCUUGCAUAUUCUGUGGGAAAGACUUCAUUUUUUGCUGGCGACUCUCCAAUGACACAAGUUUUAACCAUAACAAACACAUUCAAUACAACUUUAGUGAUUUAUAAUGCAACUUUGCCAGUGGAAGCACAACAUAUAUUUUCUAUUCUUAAUUUUUCCAAAGCCAUCAUGGUUCCACCAGGCAAGUUGAUAUCACCGUUAUCGUUAACUUUUCAAGCCAAUGAAUCUGAGUUAUCUUUUUCUACUGUUCUACGGCUAUACACCAAUGCUUCAAUUUUCACAAUUCCAGUUCACUGCUAUAAUGGAAAGCUUAAGUAUAUUGUGGAUAGUUUAAAUGAUGAUGUCUUGGAUUAUGGAACAGUUGGAACUCAGGAAAAUAGAAGCCUCACAUUCAGAAUUAUUAAUAACAAUCCUGUAGAGGUUUCGAUAAAAGAAUAUGGAACACAAUUUGAGUUUGCCCGAUUACGUCUACUUCAUGUAAAAAAUUUAAAGAAAACUAAGCACUCGAAACGAAGCAAAUGGGUUAAUGAGAAAAGUAAUAACACAACAGCAUCAAAAGGUUCAACUAGCAAGAAAAAAACUGGAAAAGAGGGCGAUGAGCUGAUACUUAAGCCCAGUGAUGUGGUUACCUUCACGGUUGACAUUGAAGCACCUCAGAAAGAAGGGACUUACCAUGGAGAAAUUAUUAUGAAAACAAUAUUUGAAGCAAUACGGAUACCAAUAUAUUUGAAAGCCGUGGAAGGAAGCCUUGUAUCAAAACCUAGGAGAAUAAAAAUUGAAAAAGCUUUUCCUGGACGAACUGAAAAUUAUGCAUUAACGAUUGAAUCUACAUUUCCAUACCCGAUAACGUUGCAGAACCUCAGUGUGUAUCCGGAGGAUCCUAGAUUUCACUUUAUACGCCCAGACUAUUUGCCAGAGUUACCAUCGAAAGAAAAAGUUCAUAUUGGUUGGGUUAAGUUUGAUCCAUUUUUUGGGGAAGAAUCCCAAUGUUACCUCUGUGUAUGUGAAAUAGAUCCAGCUUGUGAUCAUUGGCAUCAAAGUUUAUCUCUUCCUGCUGAUACAUGGGAGCACGAUUUUAAUCUGCUUGAUAAACUGCGAAGAAAAUGGGAUAUCGUCAACAGCAAACAAGAAUCUAGUUUCAACGCAUCGAUCAUCAUUGACUCAUCUGUGAUUAAAAGUUACACUAUACCCGUCCAAGCAUCACUAGCUUGGCCAAGUUUAGUUGAGCAAUCGAUCAGGUUCCCGCCAACUCAUGUCGGGAAUUUUUCUUUCGAGAACAUGGUGAUAACAAAUCCUUCAGAUCAUCCUUUAGUAGUACAGAUUGUUCCUCUACUGAGUUACCCUCAACCGGAUGGUGGACUGGAUCUGUUGUCUGAUAGAUUGAUAAUGGAUUCUUUUUCGUUGGAUUUAAAUGGUCAUUCGCAGUUCACACUUCCUGAUAUCAAGGACGGUUGGCAAGACCAUCAACAAGUGUCCUCAGCUUUAAACGUGUAUCCAUCAGUAAAUAGUUUGUCUAUGAUACUUCAACCAAGAGAAAAGAAAUCUGUGCAAGUUGGUUUUCUUCCCAAUGACGAGUCACCUAAAACAUCCAUUAUGGUCGUCAGGAAUAACCUUACUGUUCUCGAUCUGGUUGUGGUGCAUGGUCAAGGUGCUCGCACACAUUUCAACAUGGAUGGCAAUGCGCCAGGCAGCAAAUCAUCUGUUCUGUUUUUUGAGAUAAAAGCAAUUCACUUAAAAGAUUGCAACAAAUCCACUCCAAAAGCUCGCGUCUAUCCAUCUUUUACUGUGAAAAGAUCUUUCACAGCGACCAAUGUUGGUCAACUACCAGUCCAUGUCGUUUCGAUGAGUAUCAACAAUUACGAGUGCGAAGGCUUUGGAUUUCGCAUUUUAAACUGCGAAUCGUUUAUCCUUAUGCCAAACGACACUAGGAAGAUAGAUGUGACGUUUAUUCCAGAUUUCACAACUUCAAGAGUUACCCGAACUUUGCGACUAUUGACAACGAUGGAGCAAUCGCUUGAUUUCAUCUUGUUAGCCACGCUUCCACACCACUUGUUGCCACUAUGCGCAAACGCAUUGCCUCGUCCUUUUUGGGAGCCGUACAUGCAUGUGGCAGCUGCUGUUGUCAUGUCAACGGUGUUUAUCUUCAUAAUCUUCUUCGCUUAUUUCGACGCACAAAAGUACGUGGUGAAGUGCACGUUUACCGCUGGCUCGGUAACCUCCUCUCCCUACUUCGGUGGCUAUAAAUCUGAUGGUCAUCUAUUGGAUCUGAAGAAUUUUGGAUUUAAGAUUGUCGCUGAUAAAAACGAUAAAUUUAGUGAUCCCAAAGAUCAUCAGAGGCUUGCGAAAUCACACAGUUCUCCUCCAGUGCGCACACAAAUAAUUCAUUCGGCUAAUAAACCUAACGAAUCUAAUUAUAGUUCAUCAGGCUUACGAGACCGAGGAAGAAGUUCCUCUGACUCGAGCUCUGCUUCAUCUCGAAAAAAUUCAAACACGGUUCAGCCUUCACACCAUUCGUUUAUACCUGAAGAAAAACCGGAACCGAGGUCUACUGUUAAAGAACACGAAACACAGACUAAGCGCUCCAAGAGGAAACCACACGAUGCCAGUCGAAAACCGCAGCGCGUUACAACUUACGAGGAACCACAGGAGCCUGUUAUUGAACCGGUAACUGAGGUUCUUUGCGACCCUUACGAUCGAUCACAAAUGGAAAAAUUGCGACAAGAGCGAAUACAAAAACAGAAAAGCAAGUUUGAAUAUAACGACGACUCCGAGAAACAAAAGAGCCGAAAGAAAUCGAAAACAAGUCAAAAAAGCAAAGAACAACAUCGAGUGUUACAAAAAGAAAACAGCUGUGGCAGUAGCAAUGCUGAAGACGAUGAACGCGUUGAUGAGAAACCUGGCUUUACAACUGUUAAACUGAAGGGCAAGAAAAAGAGCGAGUCGCCUUCCAUGUAUCCUUCUUACAAUGGCCAUUUAGAUAAACUAGAUGACUUUUCGUUGACGGAACCACUAAUUCAAAGCAAAGACAUGCGCCCCAAGUCGAAACCGGAAUACAAAACGAAAGCUCCACCUCGCAAGAAAAUUGCUACCUACCAUGAAAAAGAAAGACUAAUGAUGGACACGCCCACAUCGCCUCACGCCAUUGCAGCAGCGAUCUUCGAUGCUGCUUUGAUGAAGAACAAAAAGAAGGGUAAGAAUAGCAAAAAGUCUUCAGCAAGUGGUCCUGCAUCUCCAUCUGCACUGAGUAAUAGCAGUCGUAGUAGUAGUCACAGUAGUAUUGCUAGUGAGCCGAACAAGUAUGGUGAACGAGCAAGAUCUGCUACCCCGUCCGGUCUUUUACACGAUAUCAGCCCCUCAACGAGCAACAGAGGUUCACCACAACACCGUUCAUACGAGGAACCCUCUGACGCAAAGAAAACGAAAAAAGAUAACAAUAUUGGUUGGUCUUUUUUCAAAAAAUUCGGACUAGGACUGGGAAGAGACGAAAAAGACGAAGAACCUACAACGAGUUCUGCCAGCUCGAUGUUUUAUUACGAUAAUCUUACUAGCCUUCGUGCCAGCCGACAAAACUCCGACAAUGAAAAACGACAGCGAUACGCUCCAGGAUUCAAUGGUAAAGAAAGUUCCGUAGUCAGUAGUACAUUGUCGCCGGAUAGUGCCGAGUUUGUACCGAAAAAUCUUCGUAUGAACAAAGCUGUUGGUUCUAACUUGAAGAAAGAUAACUCCUGGGCGACGGUUGAUGACUCUGCAUUGGAACACUUGCGACCUCCCCCCGGCUUAACCCGACAAAAAACUCGUGAUAUUUGGGAUUUCGAUGAUAUCGUCAAGCCUAGUAAUGAGACCACUGCCGAUGACGGAUGGCAAAAGUCUUCGCUCUUUGAUUUCAAAAAUGGAGGAAGCUAUAGCAGCCUAUUAGGGGGUUCGCGUGGCUCGAAAAACUUGUUUGGAGGAUUUGAUUUGCUGGGAAGUCGAGGAAGUCGCGAAGAUUUGUGGAAGUCCAGUGAUAACGAAUUCUCAAACAUUGACAAGGAUCUUUGGGGCAACGGAACAUCUAUUCGGUCUUCCAUUUGGGAUGCACCCGAUUCUCUUAUCACAACAACGUCAUCUGCUGGCAACACUCCUCGUAGCCGUCUUGGACUAGGAUUGGAUUUGAAACCUGUUAGUGAAGUUGGUUUGAGUGAUGCUGAAAGUCCACUUGAUCCAUUCAGUAUAUGGGCGUCAAGUUCUCCGUACGAAGGUUGGAACCAAGAUAUCAAGGAAGACUAAAGUUAAAACUUAUUCUUGUCGAAUUUCUUUUUGUGUGAUAUGUUCGAAAGGAUUGUUAGCUUGCUUCAGGCUGUUUUUAGUCUUGGUGCCUCCAUUUUAUGAGCGCCAUUAGUGAUAGCAACGAUUAUUCUCGUUAACAGCGACAACUCUCGUUAACAACGACAACUCUCGUUAACAACGACAACUCUCGUUAACAGCGACAACUCUCGUUAACAACGACAUCUCGCGUUUGCUACAGUUUAUAACUCAAAUUGUUUUGAUGAAAAGUUUUCGCAUAAACCCGUGGCAUCUUGUGUUUCAAUGAAUACCAAAAUUUUAUCGGUUUAUUUUUUUGUAGUUUUUAUUUGUGUUAAUAGUUUUGAAAAAAGUUUGUACGGAUAUGUAGUGUUCGUAGUUUUUAUUUGUUCAAAAACAAUUUUUUUCUUUAUACGAAACGGUAUCAAAAACUUUCAUAUUUUUCAUUGUUUUUGUAUUUUUUUCCUGUUGUCUUGGAAGUUGUCAUCUAUAUAUGUUAGCAACUUUUCUCCCAGUCUUUUUUAACUUUUAUUCUGUCUAUAUUUUAGUUAAGAGGACUGGGAAAAGAUUGCAUUUAGAAGAAAAUGUUUUUUAUGACGUCAUAUUUAUUGAAUGUUGCACGCUUUUAAAUACGAAUGAAACGAGAAAAUAAAAAGUUUUUAAACUAA